AUGGCGUCGGUGGCCGCGGGGACUCGGCUGUGGCGGCGGCUGAAGUGGCCGGGACAGGUCCGCGAGCAGUGGACGCCGGCGGGGCGCUCGCGGAGCCGGCGCGAGGCGGCAGAGGCCGAGGCGGACGCGCCCGUGGUGCAGUACGUCGGCAAGCGCGCGGCCCGCGCCGACCGCAUCUUCGUGUGGGGCUUCAGCUUCUCCGGGGCGCUGGGCGUGCCCAGCUUCGUGCUGCCGGCCGCAGGGCCCGAGCCCCGCGCCGGCUCCAGGCCGCGCCGCAGGAUCCAGCCGAUUCCCUACCGCCUGGAGCUGGACCAGAAGAUCUCUUCUGCCGCCUGUGGCUAUGGAUUCACGUUGCUGUCCUCGAAAACCAAGGAUGUCACCAAAGUUUGGGGAAUGGGACUCAACAAAGAUUCUCAGCUCGGAUUCCACCAGAGCCGGAAGGACAAAACCAGGGGCUACGAGUACAUCUUGGAGCCCUCGCCCAUCCCGCUGCCGCUGGACAGACCUCAGGAGACAAGGGUGUUGCAGGUGUCCUGCGGCCGAGCGCACUCUCUGGUUUUGACUGACAGCGAAGGUGUCUUCAGCAUGGGCAACAAUUCCUACGGGCAGUGUGGACGGACCGUGGUGGACAAUGAAGUGUACAGUGAGAGUCACACAGUCCAUCGGAUGCAGGACUUUGAUGGACAGGUGGUCCAGGUGGCCUGCGGCCAGGAUCAUAGUCUGUUCCUCACAGAGAAAGGUGAAGUGUAUUCUUGUGGCUGGGGAGCCGAUGGGCAGACAGGCCUGGGUCACUACCAUAUCAACAGCACUCCCACCAAGCUGGCCGGAGACCUCGCCGGGGUGAUGGUUGUCCAGGUUGCCACGUACGGAGAUUGCUGCCUGGCUGUGUCAGCUGAUGGAGGCGUCUUCGGAUGGGGGAAUUCUGAGUACUUGCAGCUGGCCGUAGUCACGGACUCCACACAGGUGAAUGUCCCCCGGCUCCUUCCUUUCUCAGGAGUGGGCAAGGUGAAGCAGGCGGCAUGUGGCGGGACAGGCUGUGCCGUGCUGAACGAAGAAGGACAUGUUUUUGUCUGGGGAUAUGGAAUUCUUGGGAAAGGACCAAACCUCGUGGAAACUGCUCUUCCAGAAAUGAUUCCUCCCACGCUCUUUGGCUUGUCAGAAUUCAACCCUGAAGUCCAGGUUUCUCACGUCCGAUGUGGACUCAGCCAUUUUGCUGCGAUUACCAACAAAGGUGAGCUGUUUGUCUGGGGCAAGAACGUUCGAGGCUGUCUGGGAAUCGGCCGGCUGGAGGACCAGUAUUUCCCAUGGAGGGUGACGAUGCCUGGUCAGCCCGUGGACGUGGCAUGUGGUGUAGAUCACAUGGUGACUUUGGCCAAGUCAUUCAUCUGAACUUCCUUCCUGCCCACCCUGGAAUGGCCCUGGCCUCGGAAAAGGCAGUUUGGCAGAGGCAGGGGUGUGUCGACCUGUGGGGCUCUCUUGAUGGUACCAGGUCCUUCGUGGGGCCCGGCACUCACUUUGAUUUCAGUGGGGGAGAGCCUUGUGGGAGUCUCUGGACGAAGCCCUUCCUGAACUGAGCGCAGGAAGGCCACCCUUGACCUGUCGCGAUCCCUAGGAGUCCCGGGUCACAGGGACCUGGGACAGCAGAAGAGUUGGCACAUCGCACUGUUUCCAGGUAACAUGCAGUGGCUUAUGACAUCUCACCUGGCUGAGAGAUGUUCCUCGGGGAAGCUCACUGCACAUGGCUUGUUUGAUCUCAAGAGGGGAUGCUCAGGAUGGCCUCUGGGGCCCCUUCCCAAAAGGCUGGCCCAGCUCAGAGAGGGACCCAGCUGGCUUCCACAAGCUCACCUUGCUCUCAUAGCCUCUGUGGCCAGCCCCCUCAAGCAAGUUUCCCAAACAAAGGAGGACGAUGCAGUAGCCUGGAAUCCUUCAGGCUGGGAUUCUACAUGGAGCUGCCAAUGUACGCCAGCCUGCCACCCUAGGGCCUGAGGCAUCCUGGCUUUGGACCCACGCUCACUGCCUGGCUUGGAACAAUUUAGAAGGCCCUGCAGAAAUGAUGAGUUCAAGGCCAAAUACUUGUGGGCUGAGGGCUCGGAACACAUCCGCCAAAGCUUGGCUGGAAGGCCAGCCUUGGAAGAAAGCCUCAGAAAGGAAAAAGAUUUGCUUGUGAAAGAAAACUGGGCUUUUUCCCUUCAAGAACUAUUUAAAAGUGUCUUUUGGAGUAAAGUCUAUUUUUUGCCUUUUCAA